UAGAAAUUAUCACUGUGAAAUUUUAGCGUUAGUUCAUGUGAAAGUAUUUCAUUCAUUUUCCGCCCAACCUUGUAGGAAACGGACAUUAGAUUACCACAUACAUGCCAGCGAUAUAGAAAUCACAGCACCCCAACUCCAGCAUGAACGAUCUAGGCCACAGGAGCUCGUUCGAUGGCAAAAUCGCCGGUAACUACGAUCUCGAGGAAACUCUAGGAAGGGGUCACUUUGCGAUCGUCAAACUAGCUCGGCACGUCUUCAGCGGCGAAAAGGUAGCUGUCAAAGUCAUCGAUAAAACCAAACUAGAUGAAGUAUCCCAAGCUCAUCUCUUCCAGGAAGUACGUUGCAUGAAACUAGUCCAACACCCGAAUGUUGUACGUCUCUACGAAGUUAUAGAAACACAUACAAAACUGUAUUUAAUACUGGAGCUUGGCGAUGGAGGUGACAUGUACGACUACAUUAUGAGGCAUGAAUGUGGACUAGACGAGGACACAGCAAGGACUUAUUUUCGUCAAAUUGUUCGGGCCAUAUCGUACUGCCACAAAUUACAUGUUGUGCAUCGCGAUCUGAAGCCCGAGAACGUUAUUUUUUUUGAAAAACAAAAAGUUGUUAAACUGACAGACUUUGGCUUUAGCAAUCUAUUCUUACCCGGCGAAAAACUCGAAACGUCUUGUGGAAGCUUAGCCUAUUCCGCUCCAGAGAUCCUACUCGGAGAUUCCUACGAUGCUCCUGCAGUGGAUGUCUGGAGUCUUGGGGUAUUGUUAUUCAUGUUGGUAAGUGGUUCGCCACCAUUCAAUGAAGCAAAUGACAGCGAAACACUAACCAUGAUUAUGGAUUGUAAAUAUAUUUUACCAGAUUAUCUUUCGGAUACAUGUAAAAAUCUUAUACGAAGUAUGCUUAUACGAGAUGCGAGUCGGCGUGCUACUUUAGACGAUAUUGAAAACCAUUCAUGGGUAAAUUAUGGAGAAUCUGUGACUGUCAAUAAUAUACCUUUUAUACAAAGAGAAGACAUCACUGAUGCAGAUCGUGAAUAUAUAAUCAAGAAAAUGGUUGAAGGCAACAUAGCUGAUACAGUUUCAAUUUUAAAGAAUUUUAUACUCACUUUUGCCAUGCAAGGAAAAGAUAUUGCAUCAUAG